CCCUGUUUUCCGCCGCUGCCGGGGCGGCUCGGGGGCGGCUCUUAUCUCCUGCCCGCAGCCCUCGGCUCCCUCUGGAGCGGGAGGAGCAGAGGGGAAGGAGGGAGAGCAAAAAAAAAAAUCACCCCCGAGCAGCUCCGGACACCCCCAGACUCAGAGGAGUCGCUGCCCCUCGUGGGAAACGCGUCAUGGGCAACUGUGUCCCCGUGACCCCCGGCACGCUGGAGACCCCGAGCUCGCUGGACCUGGAGGGGAUCAUGGACAACUUCUCCUCCUUCUACGACAGCACCGACACCAACUACACCUUCCUGGACUACGACGCCGCACCCUGCCGCAACAACUUCUGUCCCCUCUUCCAGCGCGUGGCUCCCCCUUUCCUGGCCACCACCUGCGCUGCGGCUGCGCUGGCCACCGCUGCCCUGUUGGUAGCCCUGGCCAGGAGUCCCCAGGAGUGGCGGCGGCCGCCGCUGGUGGCGCAGCUGGCCACGGGCACGGCGCUGUUCGCCGCGCUGCUGCCGGCGCUGGCCGCGGGCAUCUCCCGGGGGUGGCACCUGGGCGCGGGGCCGUGUCGCCUGACGCACCUGCUGUGGCACUGGAGCUUGUUCGCCCAGGCGCUGCUGGUGGCCAGCGGCUGUCGCGGCACAGCCUGGGCUCGCUGGGACCCGCGGAGCCGCCGCUCGGCCGUAGCUCUGUGGGCAGCGGCGCUGCUUUUGGCCACGCCGGCGGCUCUGGUCAGCGGCGUGGCCGGGGGCACCGGCUGCGUCCGGCGCAGCGUGGGCGUCCUGGCACCGGUGUACCUGCUGCACCUCGCCCUGUGCCUGUGCCUGCUGCUGCUGCUGCCCGUGGGGCUGCUGCUGGCCGCGCUGGCGAGCUGGGGCACCGGAGCCGGGCUCACCUGGCUUUUCCUGGGGCUCUGGGUGCCCUACGCAGCGGGGCUGGCCGGGGAGUUCCUGCUGCAGGCCGGGCUGGUGGAGCCCACCUGCGGCUCCUUCGAGCAUUUCGACCUCGCCCUGGGGCUGAGCGAGGGGCUGGGGGUGCUGCACUGCGGCAUCGGACCCCUGGCGCUGCUGCUCGCCUGGCGCUGCCGGGGGCUGCGGAGAUCCGGGGGCUGCGGCACGGGGAUGAACGGAGCCACAGCACCGGGACUGGAGCCCCGGCACUGAGCCACAGCACCGGGACGGGAACCCCGGCACUGAGCCCCUGGCACCGGGACUGGACCCUCGGCACUGAGCCCCGGCCCCCUGGCACUGGAUUUGGACCCCCAGCACUGAGCCCCGGCACCCUGGCACUGGAUUUGGACUCCUGGCACCAGACUUGGCUCCCUGAAACCAGACCCUGGAUGCUGGGCACUGAUCUUGGCCACCCAGCACCGAGCUCUGCCCCUUCCUGCACCAGUCUAGAUGCCCCAGCACCAGUCCCUGUGUCUCCACCACUGACCCUCAGCACAUCCCACACCAGUCUGGGCCACCCAGCACCCACUCCUGGCCCCUGGCACCAGCUCCAGCCCCUGGCACUGACCCCUGGCCACCUGGCACAAGGCUUGGCCUCUCUGGCUGCCCCUGGGCACUGACCCUUGGAGGCCCAGUGGCCUCCCAACCUCACAGCCUCUGUCACACUCCCCCAGGACCCCCCAUUCUAUGCCCAGCUCAGUGCCCCCCACCCUCUGUCCCCUCCCUUGGGGUCUCAGCCCCCUCUUUGGGCCUGGACCCCCCAAACUGCCCAACACAGAAAGCUCUGGGGUGCCUCAUUCUGCCCAGGGGGGUCACCCCAGGCUGCUGGGGGAUCCCCGAGGCUCAGCCCCAGCUCCAGGGGGAAAUUUUGGAAGUUGCUGCAUUUUUUCCAUCUCUCCUGACAAGCCAAGAGGAUCCAGUGGGAAUUACACACAAUAAAUACAACUUGUCCA